UUUUUCACUCUCGAAAGGAAAGUGUUGUUGAAGGGAGGCAAAUAGUUUUGGUCACUGUUAUCAUUAGAAAUUGACUUUGAGGGCUUGUUAUGAUUGUAUAAUGUCGAUGAAAAAGUCGUUCAGGGUUAGCCAUAAAGUCGAGCCACCAUAUUCUGUUAUUGUAGAAUCGACAGAGAUCGAUGAAUCUUUACUUUUGGAAUCGGACGUCGUUGCAAUUUUAGGUACUUCAGAAUUAGAUUCACUGAAAAAAAAAUAUGAAAAAGUUAUUGAUGCUUAUGGCUGCCUGGGUAUUCUCCGACUCAAUACAGGAGAUGAAACUGUUCUGUAUGUUGUGAUGGUGACUGGGAUCAUAUCUGUGGGUAAAAUUGGUGCAUCAGAAGUGUUUCGAAUAACUGCUACAUCCUUCAUCUCACUAAGAAAUAAUCAAGCAGACGAAGAACGUGUAGCAGAGGUACGGAAGCUUCUCAACUCUGGAACAUUCUAUUUCGCUUGGUCUGCCUUAGAAGAAACAUUUGACUUGAGUUUGUGUGCACAACGGCAACAUCAAUCUCACAGCACUGACAACCGCUUUUUCUGGAAUCGAACAUUACACCUUCACUUGACACGGUUCAACGUUGACUGCUCAAAAUGGCUCAUCAAGGCCAUGUGUGGUGGCGUAGAAAUGAAGACAAUUUACUGUGGUACGCAGCUAGCUAAGGCGUGCAUCAUCUCACGGCUAAGCUGUGAGCGUGCAGGGACGCGGUUUAACGUGAGAGGAACAAACGACUUUGGACAUGUUGCUAAUUUCUGUGAAACUGAACAAGUGAUAUAUUUGGAUGACAAGGUGGCUUCCUAUAUUCAAACCAGAGGAUCUGUUCCACUAUACUGGGAGCAACCUGGACUCCAAGUGGGGUCACAUAAGGUCAAAAUGUCAAGAGGGUAUGAGGCAUCUGCUCCAGCCUUUGAUAGGCAUCUGUCCACUUUAAAAGUGCAGUAUGGUGACCAGGUGAUCAUAAAUCUUCUGGGAAACAAGGAGGGAGAGGACAUGCUGAGCAAGUUAUUUCAGAAUCACCACAAGGCUUCAUCCCAUUCCCAAGAUAUACCACAUAUCGUAUUCGACUAUCAUCAGAUGAUGCGCGGUGGUAAAGUCGACAGCUUACAAAAAGUUCUCAUGCCGAAAGUCUCCAAGUACGUGGACAGUUUCCAAUUCUUCGCUUGUGAUGGAGAUGAUGUGAAAAUGCAACAGACAGGCUGCUUUCGUGUUAACUGCAUUGAUUGCUUGGAUCGGACCAACGCUGUUCAAACAUUUUUUGGAAUGCAGAUGCUUCAGAAGCAGAUGGAGAGUCUUGAUAUGUCGAGCAAAGCCCAGUAUCAAUCUCGACUUGAGGAAGUUUACAAAACAAUGUGGUCUCUAAACGGAGAUCAUGUGAGUAAGAUCUACGCAGGUACCGGGGCACUAGAGGGAAGAACAACAGCUGGCAAAUUGAGAGAUGGUGCACGCUCAGUGACCCGAACAAUACAGAACAAUUUCUUUGAUGGCAGCAAACAAGAAGCAAUAGAUAUUUUGUUGCUAGGUAACUCACUAGUUGGCAAAUUAGCAGACAAAGCAGGCAAUAUUUUACCAAGAGAAUAUUUACAUUCCUCUCCUUCUACUCUUCAUGCAAUGUGUGAACGUGAGCAUCAAUUCUCAAAGCAGACUCCCCUUCGCGUCAGUGUCGGCACUUGGAAUGUUAAUGGAGGAAGACAUUUUCGAAGCGUGGCGUACAAGCAUCAAUCAAUGACGGACUGGCUGUUAGAUAAUCAUAUCAUAAUGCAAAAAAAAUUUCCAGGUCAGUAUGCUGGCAAAUUGAGAGAUGGUGCACGCUCAGUGACCCGAACAAUACAGAACAAUUUCUUUGAUGGCAGCAAACAAGAAGCAAUAGAUAUUUUGUUGCUAGGUAACUCACUAGUUGGCAAAUUAGCAGACAAAGCAGGCAAUAUUUUACCAAGAGAAUAUUUACAUUCCUCUCCUUCUACUCUUCAUGCAAUGUGUGAACGUGAGCAUCAAUUCUCAAAGCCGACUCCCCUUCGCGUCAGUGUCGGCACUUGGAAUGUUAAUGGAGGAAGACAUUUUCGAAGCGUGGCAUACAAGCAUCAAUCAAUGACGGACUGGCUGUUAGAUAAUCAUAUCAUAAUGCAAAAAAAAUUUCCAGGGUCUGUAGAUUCCAGUGUGGAUUUCUCAGUUCCUGUAGAUGUAUAUGCAAUUGGGUUUGAAGAGAUGGUAGAUUUAAAUGCAAGCAAUAUAAUCAGUGCAAGUGAUGUUGCAGUGGAUAAAGUAAAAACAGGACUAAAGGGUAAAUCAGGAAACAAGGGGUCAGUCGCAAUUCGCUUUCUCCUCUACAAUACAUCAAUGUGUUUCGUGUGUGCCCACUUUGCAGCAGGUCAGUCACAGGUCAAAGAUCGCAAUGAAGAUUAUGCUGAAAUUACUAAACGAAUCAUGUUUCCUAUGGGUCGUACUUUGUCAUCGCAUGAUUACGUAUUCUGGUGUGGCGAUUUCAAUUACAGAAUUGACAUUGAAAAUGAGGAAGUCAAAAGUCUUGUGUCAAGCGAGAACUGGGAAGCAUUAAAGAGUUUUGACCAACUGUUGUUGAAUUAUGCUGAAGGCAAGGUUUUCCAAGGCUUUGCAGAGGGCGAUAUACAAUUUGCUCCCACGUACAAGUAUGAUCUAUUUUCUGAUGAUUAUGAUACUAGUGAAAAGAACAGGACCCCUGCAUGGACGGACCGUGUCUUGUGGAACCGAAGACGUCUUCCCUACCAAAAACAUGAUGAGGACUCGAAUGAGGAAGAUCAAUGGAAUCCUGGAAGAAUGUUACAGUAUGGUCGUGCUGAGCUGAAGACCUCUGACCAUCGACCUGUCAUAGCUUUGAUUGAAAUUGUUAUCCAAGUUGUGAAUGAAGAUGACCGAGAUGCAAUUUACAAGGACAUCCUGUGCCAACAAGGUCCAACUGAUGGCACUAUCAUGAUUCACCUUGGCAUCGGUGGAGCAGAAUUCAGUGAUAAUGUUGUGGAUGAGAUUUUGAGACUGUUGGCUCAAGUAGGGGAAGUGGUUCUUGUACGGUUUGUUGAAGCAAGUAUGGUGGUCACUUUUCGGGAUGGAAGGAGUGCUCUUGCGGCAUCUGGUUUGAACGGACAUGAGGUGUUUGGACAUGACCUUGUGAUUGAAUUGCAGCAAAAUGAUUGGCUGCAGCAGGUAGAAGAAGAGAUAUCAUUGUGCACAUCAAACACAGAGCGACUUUACGAGCCUGUCAGCAACAGCUUGUUGGGAGAAAGCUUUGAUUACCCGUCUAUGAGUUUUGAACUGGAUGAUGAAGAUAUUCAGUUUUUAGCAAGUGAAGAAAAUGAAGGAUUAACCCUUCAAGCUCCUUUGGUACCUGAACUUGUAAGCUCGAGGUCGUCCAGUCCAUCUGUUGAAGACACAAGCAAUGGAGAGUCUCAAAAACCCUCAAGACCAUCUAGACCACCACCAUUGUCAAAGACAAGACCUCCUAGACCAGGUGCACCACCUGAAAGACCAAAGGCACCACCAGAGAGACCAAAAGCACCACCUAAAAGACCACCAAGUAGGCCUUCACUACCAGUUAGACCACAGAGCACAACAUUGGUAUCUAAUGUGCCAGUUAAUGGCUCAGUGCCUCUUUCAAAACCAGCCACUGGCUUAGUUCCACCAGCAAGACCAUCGGCUAGCCCAGUACCGCCAACAGUUGAACCAAUAAAGCCUGCUAGACCAACAGGUGGGCCUUCAGCACCUGCAAGGCCGUCAAGUGGACCAAUAGCACCACCAAGGCCAGCAGGAGUGCCUGCAGCACCGCCAAGGCCAGCAGCAGGACCAGUGCUUCCUGAAAGGCCAACAGUUAGUCCAGUUCCAUCUGGAGUAAUGACAAGUGUACCUACAUCGCCCGAGCCUACUCUGAUUCCACUUGAAGCAACCUCAGCAGUCAGCAAGAAUGAAAAUGGUCCAUCAGUUGCACGGAGUCGACCAGGAAGUACAUCUACAAAGUUGAAAUUAAAUUCUCUGCAAAGGAAUGAAUAUAACAGACCACAUUCUAUCAGUACACCUUUUGAAUUCAAUCAUGAUAUUCACGCCACAUCUGAAGAGGAGGCUCUUGCACUCCUGCAAAACCUUGGAAUGGAUGUCAGCAAGGUAGAGGCAGGCAGUAGCAUUCCUUCCUCUUCUGCAUCAUUACCAAGGAACCUAGGAAAUUUGAAUAAACAGCCUGCUGUCGAUGGAGAAAAAAUGUUGGUAGAUAAUAAGGAAACUGAGGCAACCAGACCAACGCCACAACCAGUUCCAAGAAGACCAAGUUCUCAGCCUAUAAAUAAUGGAUUGUCACAAGAGGUUUUAGAGAACACUGCAGAAGAACCACCACCUAUACCUCCUACCAGGCCUAAGCGUGCCUCACAGAGGUCAAAACCUACUCCAACUUCAAUUUUGGAGCCAGAGGUAGUUAGCCAAACUGCCCCAGGUGUGAAGCCUACAGAGGAUGUGAAAGACACAAAUAGGCCUAGUAGGCCUGCACCACCAGUCCCUCGUGCUAGGCCUAGUAUGAAUAAAAAGAACAGUGAGGAUGCUGCACUUAUUAAAAGCUUUGGCCCUCCUCCACCUGUCCCAGCAGCUAGGAGACAGGAUUCGACUACAGAUGAAAAACCAGAUUUAAUAGAACAAGAAACACCCCCACCCAUUCCAACAGCGAGACCAAGGAAAAAGAAAAUUGUGAAAACAGAAAGUGAGUCAAAUGAAAAAAAUGUAGAUGGAAUAGAUGGGGGAAAUGUACCUCCGCCACUUCCAACUCGACCAAUUAAUGUAACAGUAAUUAAUAAAGAAGAACAAGACACAAUUUUAUAGAUAGGCCUAGGUAGAUAGAACCAAAUUACUAUAGACAUUUACCAUAAAACAGAGUAUCUUUGUGUAAGCCUGAAUGUAUCAAUUCCAAAUUUCCCACCUUGAUCCUUCUCUGGAGGUGCUUUUAGGUCGACCUAAUGCUUGUAUUAUGUAAUUCUAAAUGCUACCUAACUUGAUGCAGGCAUAGGAUUAACAAAUUUCUAAACCUAAAUUUACAGUGUACAAAAGCACCUAGCAUGGCAAAUCCUUUCCUUUCUUCCACUUGUAUAUGCAAAACAGACUAUAAAAAUGUAUUUAUUGACCAUCUUUAUAGAUGUGAUACAUUAAGUGUAGCUACUGAUGGUAUUUAAAUACAAGUUUAUAUUAGGAUAUAGAUAUAUACUUGAAGUGUAUUUAGAUGUGAUUAAAAAAAAAACACUAUUAAAACCAUUGAAACUAGUGGUAAAAUGGGUUAGAAUAUUAAAAUAAUUUGAUAAGGAAUGUACAGUAUGGUGGUAAAAGCUUAGUUUCCAUACUUUUUUCAUCAAUUCUUCUGUUGUUUGUAUAAUGCUUUUCUUCGCAUAUAUAAAGUGUUGGCCCCACAUUGCACCCCAAAAUCAAAAGCAAGUGUAUGCCCAAGCCCUAACAGACAAGAAAGUUCCCAAAUGGAGAAGCAGUGAAAACCUUAAAAGUUAAUAUACUGUAUUUAUUUCAAUAAUCCCUGGAUCGUUUAUUGUUGAAGGGGUUUCAAGGGAGGCGUUUAUUCGAUGUUAGUGUUUAUUUAUUUAUUUAUUUAUUUUUUUUUUAAUUU